ACAUCUCCGUGCCAAGUGGUGCCGUAUGUGAAGUGAGCUCCGGCAACAGAUGGCGGGGAGUACACCCAGCACAAAUCUGACGGGGUGGAGGCACUAAUGGGGGAGUCCGGACCAUCAACUAGACUUCUUUACCUAAUGAAGAACUGGAACAAGGCGUAGUCAAUCUGACCUCAUUGAGAAUUUCUUUCUUACAGUCUUGGAUUUUUCUCCUUUUGCCUUAAUUUUUCCACAAGAGGCCGCAGAAACCUCGGGCUAGAUUUGGCUACACACCGACCUAAGUGCAUAACGUCUGCGGGAUUGUUUGGAAAGUCUCGUGAAAUGUUUUUUGCCAGAAUUUGGCGGUUUUGAAUAGUAACAUUUUUUUUAGAGUAAAUUGUCGGUACAAGAUAGCUGUAAUUUAUGUGGAGUAUAAACAAAGUUAAGGAGACAAGCUAACUAGUUAGCUAGCCUGCUACAAUGCUAGUUAGCUACCUAGCAGCGAAACUCUAGCAUGUUUGAAUGAAUGAAUUGGCGACUCCCUGCAUUUAAUUAACAGCUGCUUUAUGUUAUUACAAGAACAAGUCGAAUAAUUCAUGAGACGACACCGAUUUUCUACAACAGGGUGAGCCUGUGUGGCAAACUCUUCUUUGACUGUUACACUACACAACGUAACCCUCAAAUGGACAGGAAUGCGGCUCCAGGGAGUUGGUGGACAGCGGCGAUUUAGCACGCAAAGAUAGUAUUGUGCUAAUACCGUCAAAAGUCAGGUAAUGUUCAUGAAGCCAGGGGAGGCUAAUUUUAGCUAGCUACAAACCUUUUGCACUACUUCGACUUGGCUGCGAUAGUGUGAAGCUUACGCCCGCUUCGGAAUGGGGAACACCGUGUCAUGCUGCGCCUCUCCCGAGUCGAGCCCCAAGUUACCGUCGAGACAACCCGCAGAGCGGCUGGAGGAGUUCCAGACCAGCACCGAAGUGAGCGACGACAACACCGUGCCCUACCUGCAGCACAUAAGCGACAGAGAGGUCCCUGACGAGCUGGUCUCGGAGUCCAACCCAUCUGACCACACCCGGGCGAGCACCAUCUUCCUCAGCAAGUCCCAGACAGACGUACGAGACAAGAGGAAAAGCAACCACAUAAAUCAUAUCAGCCAUGUAUCACCUGGUCCCCUGUCGAAGAAAUACAGCUCCUGCUCUACGAUCUUCAUAGACGACAACACCGUCAGCCAGCCAAACCUCAAAAGCACAAUCAAAUGUGUCACGUUAGCAAUAUACUACCACGUCAAAAACAGGGACUCAGGCAGGUCACUGGACAUCUUUGAUGAGAAGUUGCACCCCUUAUCAAGAGAGCCAGUGCCGGAUGACUACUCCCACGUCGACCCAGAACACAAACUGAUCUACCGCUUCGUCAGAACGCUCUUCAGCGCCGCACAGCUCACGGCAGAGUGUGCCAUCGUCACCCUAGUGUACUUGGAGCGCCUGCUGACCUACGCUGAGCUGGAUAUCUGCCCAGCCAACUGGAAGCGCAUCGUCCUGGGAGCUAUCUUGUUGGCUUCCAAAGUCUGGGACGACCAGGCGGUGUGGAACGUCGACUACUGCCAGAUCCUUAAAGACAUCCCUGUGGAGGACAUGAACGAGAUGGAGCGCCACUUCCUGGAGCUGCUCCAGUUUAAUAUCAACGUGCCAGCCAGCGUGUACGCCAAGUACUACUUUGAUCUGCGGCAGCUGGCUGAUGACAACAACCUCAGCUUCCCCCUGGAGCCUCUCGACAACCAACGCGCCCAGAAACUAGAGGCCAUUUCAAGACUAUGCGAAGACAAGUAUAAGGACCUGAGUCGAUCAGCGAUGAGACGAUCCAUCAGCGCCGACAACCUGAUAGGUAUACGACACUCCAACGCUGUGCUGUCAUAGGCCGGAGCUCACCCCCACAGCAAAGGACCCCAACUCACUGGGUCAACGUAGCCGCACGGACAGGGUUCAGGCUUGAAAUGCUACUGUAUGACCUCAGCAUUACGACCGUAGAGUGGCGCCAUUGAAAGCUCCGCCACACAACUAUUGUUUUCACAAAUCCCUUAUUUAUUUCUCUCUCGUCCCUUAUGUCCCGGAGCAAGUGUCCCGUGGGAGUUGCUCUACUGCCGUUAUCUCUGAGGGGUGGUCCUGUCUUUGUAUUGUCCGACAAAUGUAAUUUUUCCCCAAAAAUAUUUGAAUUAUCCCAUGCAGCCUGACCGUUAUUCUAUGUUUUAGUUGUCACCAAAUUCCAUGAGAUGACCAAAACCGACAAUGUUGGUCCGUCUCGCUGUACUUUCUGGCUUCCCUACCCUCACUGUGGCACUCAGCCCCAUUGGUUUGUACUGAGGACGUAAACAUUCAACACGGCUCACUAUCUAAUUCUUGAAUGCUUUUUGAGAGGCAUGAAACGGGAGGAAAUGGUGCAUUUGAUGGUCUAUUUGUAGCGCUGGAUUAAUACACAUUUGGUGCUUCUAGUGAGUAUUUACAGCAGCAGGCCGGUGCAUGUAGGAUCGACUCUAAAUACACAGUGUACAGUACACUACUGCUACUAUUACUACAGUGCGUGUUCAAAGGAAUUAAGGAACAUGUCGCCCAGUGCAGCAAUGUGGCUCAUUGGUGUAUUUUAACAGUUUUUGUUCAACAAAGGAGUAUCAGGCCUGUGAGUACACAGACAGCGGAUCACUUCAAUGUUGGUUUUGGUCUCUUUUUUGGGGGAUUUAUUGACUAUAAGAAAAUAUAGGAUUAGACAUAUAUUUAAUAGGCUGAUCAAAUCGGAUGCAAAAGCUGUUCCUUGUAGAUCAGAGCUACUUUUUAAGAGUGUAUAAAAACCGUGUUUACCAUUAAUUCCAGUGUUGUAUGAUUCUAGUAAAUGGACACGUGAAUUUGGAUGGAGCACACAGCAUAUCAGGGUGUUGAACUAUACAUAUUCCACAGGAGUCCAACCUUCAGUCAGCUGUUGUAGCGAGUCUGAGAAUCCGGAGUGCUGGUCUGGGGUCAGUUUCGCUUUCCGGAUCCACUUCAGGAGGU